UCUUCGCUCUCCCUCCUUCCCUCAUUCCCAGUCGUCUCUCAAGUCGUAAAAAUGAUUUGCAUGCAGGAGGAGAGCAGAACUUUGCAGUGAGCACAGCAAGUGAAUUGGGAAAGAGUAAGGGAGAGAAGUAAAAGGAAGGCUGUGAAAAAGAGGAGAGGAAGCGCAUUGUGGAGAGCAGGAGGAAAAGUUUAAAGAGAAGACCGCAGUUGUGAUUGAAAAUGAGUUUGGAGGAGACGUGGUGAGCCUUUCCUCUCCAGUCGAACGUCAAGUAGGCCGCAGAGGAAGCAGAGGUGUGGACCAAAGAGCUGUCUCAACCCCAAAACAUUUCAGAUGGAGGUGGAUGCGGACGAUAAGCGCCAUCGCACACGCUCCAAAGUGCCUGUGGAUCCAGCGUUAACAGAACUCUUCAGUGUGUACGGCUGCCCUCUGGCCAAGAAGAGGAAAAGUCUAGACAGAGAAACCCUGGAACCUUCCCCCAAGAGGAACACCUACCUAGAUGACAUGGACAACUCCACGAUGGAGGAGUGCUACGAGACAGAUGGGACCGAGGAGAUGGAUGACAGGGAGGAGGAGGAGGAGGAGGAAGGAGCGGUAGAGGAGGAGGAAGAGGGAGAAGUGGAGGAGGAGGAAGAGGAGGGAUAUGUGGACUACAAUGUGGAGCAAAUGGAGCACGAAGAAGGGGAGGUGGAGAGAGCGGAAGGAGAGGGGGAGGAGGAGGAAGAGGAAGAGGAGGUCGAGGUGGAGCAAGAGGAUGAGGAAGAGGGGGAGGAGGAGAGGGUAGAGGAGGGGGAGGAGGAGGAAGAAGAGGAAGAGGAGGUGGAGUAUGAAGAGGGGGAGGAGGAGGAAGGAGAGCACAGUCAAGGGCAAGGUGAGAAUGGUGGCGAGGGCGAUGGUGGUGGCGGCAGCAAUUCCAAAUCUGGCGCGACAGCAGAGAAGGAUGAUAACAACAACGAUGAGUAUGAGAACUACGAUGAACUUGUGGCCAAGUCGCUGCUCAACCUGGGCAAGAUUGCAGAGGACGCCGCCUACCGCGCCAUGACAGAAUCUGAGAUGAACAGCAACUCCUCAAACAGUGCUGAGGAAGAAGAGGAGGAGGAAGAAGAGGAAGAAGAAGAGGAAGAGGAGGAGGAAGAAGAUGAAGAGGAAGAGGAGGAGGAGGAAGAUGAGGAGGAGGAGGAAGAGGAAGAGGGGGAGGGGGAUGAAACACAAAAGGGUGAUCUAAGUUUGGAUGUGGACAGCGAUGUGGUUAGGGAGACAGUGGACUCCCUCAAGCUGUUGGCACAAGGCCAUGGGGCGGUGUUGUCCGACAACUUGGAUGGACAGGACUAUGUGGAUAGUACAGCUGAGAAUGGAGAAGACAAUGACUGUGCCCACAAUGGGGGAAAUACACACAAUGGUGGUAAUGGACAAGUUAAGACCACCAGCAACGGACAACUAGAAGACAGCGAUGAGGAAGUGUGCCUGAGCAGUCUAGAGUGUCUACGGAACCAGUGUUUUGACCUGGCCCGGAAACUAAGUGAAACAAAGUCUGCUGACCGAACUGGGUCUUCCCAGCAAAAUCAUUUUUCAGGUGGGGAUGCCCAUCAAAUGCCCCACAGUCAGGGCUACGAGGAUCUCCACCAGAGCCAGGAGGAGAGGCGGACUCUUGAUAGGAACUAUUCAGACAUGGUCAAUCUUAUGAAGCUGGAAGAGCAACUGAGUCCACGCUCCAAAGCAUUCUCCAGCUGUGCUCAGGAUGACCGAUAUCACAGCAACCACCGGGAUUUCGAUGAGGACACCACCUCGGUGACAUCAGACCGAUCAGAGGAAGUGUUUGACAUGACAAAGGGGAACCUGUCCCUGCUGGAGAAAGCUAUUGCACUAGAGUCGGAACGCGCCAAGGCCAUGCGGGACAAAAUGGCAGCCGAGGCUGCCAGGAGAGAUGGGGUGAGGUACCAUGAAGACCAGGGCCCACGGCAUGGCUAUGGAGUUGAGCGUAAAGCCCGGCUACCCGAUGGUAUGAAGAAGCCCUUCUACCAUAAAGAUUCUUCACGUGCAGACAAGAAAGAAAGUCGGUGUCCAACACCAGGCUGCGACGGAACAGGCCACGUGACGGGCUUGUACCCCCACCAUCGAAGCCUGUCUGGGUGUCCGCACAAAGACAGGGUGCCACCAGAAAUUCUGGCUAUGUAUGAGAAUGUUCUUAAGUGUCCUACGCCUGGCUGCACGGGACGCGGCCACGUCAAUAGCAACAGAAACUCCCACAGGAGUCUGUCAGGAUGUCCCAUUGCUGCAGCCGAAAAGCUGGCCAAAGCCCAGGAGAAGCACCAGAGCUGCGACGGCUCCAAGUCCAACCAGGCGUCAGACCGCGUCUUAAGGCCUAUGUGCUUUGUCAAACAACUGGAGUAUCCACAGUAUGGUUACAAGAACAAUAUUUCCACCAGCACGCCGCGCUCCAACCUGGCCAAGGAGCUGGAGAAGUACUCCAAGACCAGCUUCGACUACAACGCCUUUGACGGUAGUAACAACCACCAAGUGUACGGGAAACGGGCCAUUGCACCCAAAGUCCACGGACAACGGGACACCUCGCCCAAAGGAUAUGAUGCCAAACGUUACUGCAAGAACUCCAGCUCAGCCAGCAGCACCACCAGCACCUACGCUCCCAGCAGUAGCAACAGCAGCCUCAGCUGUGGAGGGGGAGGAGGGGGAGCGGGAGGAGGUGGAGGAGGAGGGGGAGGGGGAGGAGGCGGGGGCAGCAGUGCCAGCAGCACCUGCAGCAAGAGCAGCUUCGACUACACCCACGACAUGGAGGCGGCCCACAUGGCGGCCACAGCCAUCCUCAACCUGUCCACGCGCUGCCGGGAGAUGCCGCAUGGCCUGGGAGGGAAGCCCCAGGACCUCUGCUCACAGAGUCCCAACCUAGACGUUGAUGAGAACGGUACGUUGGACCUGAGUAUGAGCAAGCGUCUGGGCAGUGGCGGUGGUGGUGGAGGGGACUCAGUGCUCACCCCUCUAGAGCCCAUGUCCCCCCAGAGGCAGGCCGCCCUGCUGGGCUCCCACUGCUACGGCAUGGGGGACGCCGCCGACUGCUGGGACCUGCCUGUAGACUACACCAAGAUCAAACGCAUAGACGAGGACGAGAAAGAGCCGGAUGACCUGGAUCCCUUCCAUGACCUGCUGGAGGACCGCUCCUACUCCACUGACGUGAACAUGCCCAGUCCCAAGCCCAAGUACGUCCAAUGCAAGGAGAGCAAGAAAGACCUGAUAACUCUCUCAGGUUGUCCUUUAGCUGAUAAAAGCAUUCGAAGUAUGCUGGCCACCAACGCGCAAGAGCUCAAGUGCCCGACACCGGGGUGCGAUGGUUCGGGGCACAUCACUGGCAACUACGCCUCACAUAGAAGUCUCUCAGGGUGUCCGCGAGCCAGGAAGAGCGGGAUAAAGAUCAUCCACAGUAAAGAGAACAAGGAGGACCAGGAGCCUAUCAGGUGUCCGGUCCCCGGCUGUGACGGACAGGGUCACGUGACGGGGAAGUAUGCGUCUCACAGAAGUGCGUCAGGAUGCCCCAUAGCAGCCAAGAGACAAAAGGACGGCUACCUGAAUGGCAUCCAGUUCACGUGGAAGGCUGGGAAGACAGACGGCAUGUCCUGUCCGACGCCGGGGUGCGACGGCUCGGGUCACGUCAGCGGCAGCUUUUUGACGCAUCGGAGUCUGUCGGGCUGCCCGCGUGCCACCUCUGCCAUGAGGAAAGCCAGGCUGUCCGGAGUGGAGAUGCUAACAAUAAAACAGCAACGUGCCAGCAACGGACUAGAGCAUGAAGAGGAGAUCAAACAGCUGGAUGAAGAAAUCAAAGAUUUAAGUGAAUCAAAUUCACAAGUGGAAGCAGACAUGAUCAAACUUAGAACACAGAUUACGACAAUGGAGUCCAACCUGAAGUCCAUAGAGGAGGAAAACAAGGUGAUUGAACAGCAAAAUGAAUCUCUCCUGCAUGAGCUGGCCAACCUCAGCCAGUCACUGAUUAACAGUUUAGCUAAUGUCCAGCUCCCUCAUAUGAAACCACUGGUACACAAAGAGGCUCCCAUUAGAAAUAACAGCUGCUUGCAGCUGCACCAGCGAGAGCCAAUAAGCGAGCAGAACUUUGACGCGUACGUCACCACUCUAACGGAUAUGUACACGAACCAAGACCAGUACCAGAGCCCAGAGAACAAAGCCCUGUUGGAAAAUAUCAAGCAAGCUGUUCAAGGAAUCCAAGUGUAGCCAUUCAGCAACCAAGAGAGGGUUUUUUUUUUGUUUGUUUGUUUUUUUGUUUUUUUUCUCCAACAGGUGUGGCUGGUAUAUCAAAAUCCACAGACAAAAAGGCAGUGAUGGCUUUAUCUCCUCGGUUCGGUGCAGUAACUUAUCAUAUAGUGUUAUAUAUCUUCAAUUUUGUUCUUUCAAAAAAAGAGGUGUUAUGCUUAGAAAGACCUCAUGAUAAUUUUUUUUUGUUUCCCUUUUGGGUCUUGCUUUGAGGAAGAAAAAAAGCAGCAAAAUAGUUUUUGAGGACAUUCACAUUUUGUACGUUUUCAUAUGAGCUGACAUAGUGUCAUGUAAUGUUUCUAGCUGCUCAUGUAUGCACAUUUUUAGUGUAUAUUUCUGAACAGUAAGCUAAUGAUUAUAGGACGUGAGUUCUUUUUAUUGCUUGACGACAAAGCAUUUUAGAUGAAAAAGCUGAACUGGACAGUGGAAAAAAAAAACAAAUUUAAAAACUACAAGCAAGGAGGAAGCUACUUAUUUUUUUCUCCUCAAUGGAUGAUUUUGGACUUGACGAUUUUAGAUGUUUUUUUUUCUUCUUCUUCUUCUUCUUGCGUGUAGAUUGUUCAAUAGCGGGAACUGGUUUGCGAAUUGCUUUAUUUUCUGACAAUGCUUGAGAAAUGUCUGUCUUUUGUUCCGAGGAAAAAAAAAAGAGAUUUGUAGCUGUAGGUGGGGGCAUUUUUUAAUUGGUGCUGUAAAUGAAUCUGGAGAGGAAACUGACCUGAUGUAUGUAUGAAUGUAUGUAUGAACAGUUUUAUUGUAAACAUCAUUACACGGAAACCCGAUGGUGUAAAUCCCAUUAUCUAGGACAGACAGCUCAUUCCUAGAGAGACACAUCUGUGUGGUGCAUGCAUGUUCACCAUGCUCAUCUUUACGUAACCUAAAAUAGAAAUGAUAACCUAUAGAGACGACAUUCUAGCCUUUCUAGUAUCAAUUCUGUUCAAUUUCGAGACUUGCUAGAAUCAAGAAAUGUCUCAGCAAUAUACUAACGAAAUCAUUUGUUUAUAGUAGAUAUGGGAUGCAAUCUGCAAAGGGAAAAAAAGGUUGGGUAUAUGCAAUUUCUUGUUUAUAAGCAUAGCGGGGUAACGUGAAUCUUUUUAAUAUAGCCUAUGUAAAAUAUUGAUUUUUAUACAAAUCUUUUAAUACAAAAAGACUUUUUAAAAAAAAGAGGAGGAAACUUGGACAUUGAGUUUUAGAAGCGAAAGUAUAUGAGUUCCACUUUCUUUCUGUACAAUUUUGCACAGGGACACCUUCGUUUCCAUGUUUUGAUGUUCUUACAGAAACUAAAAGCAGUACCUGAGAGCCUAAAAGGUGGGUCGCAGAGGGUUUUGUAAAGAGUAUUUAUAGAGUAUGACAGCGGGACUUACAGGGUCACUGUCCCCACUUAUGUGCCAGUAGACUAUUUGCACUUGUCCUUGAAGAUAUUAUCCUUACGUGCGGCGGCGUGCAAUUUUCCAGGUGACCUCUUUGGCACACGAUUGGAGCAACUAACUGCUAGUAGCCACUGUAGGUGUGGACUUAGAGCCACUGAAUGAGGAAGAACAGGGACUUGAAAUCAGAGAGGAGGAUGAUUAUAACCAUAGCAGUUAUACUGUAGGCUAUUAUCAACUGUAAAAACAAUGAUGUUCUUUCAUUUUUGCUAUGUUUUAGGAAGAUGAAGUUAUCCCCCAGCAGCACUUUAUAUCUAAUCAUUGUACAAAGGAUUAAAUAGUCAAUCAAUUCAAGGAUUUAAAAAAGCAGAAGAAAAUGAAGCCUUGUUUUCCUGCGGCAGGUAAAACAAGGCCUCGAGGGGGUGAUACAUCCAGCGUCACGCCCGUACGCCUGACUGUACGCACCCCUCCAUUCUGUUGUGCUAGUUGUUAGCGAUCAUGUUCAGAAUUUGCCUUUUUGAGAGCUAAUGCAAAAGGUGCUUGUUGUUCACCUGAUCGAAUCUCAUCUAUUGUACUUUACUGUCCUCUUUCAGGACUCUACUAUCCAUCAACCAUGACUGCAUACGCCUUUUUCCACAGCAUCGUGUCUGCAGCUUUUUGCCAAUAUAGUAAUGCUUCAGUAGAGUAAUAGCUAGUACCAGUUUUUGAAUUAAUUCUCAUUAUCAGUAAAAAUGGAAAAGGGAAUUUAAAGCACAAACCGGCUGCUCAUCUGAUGUUGGUACAUAAAUAACAAAUUUGAAAAAAGAGUUAUCUCUGACUAUCUAUAGGGAACACAAAAAGGUUGUCACAUAUUUAGAAUGCUGACUUUUCAUAUAAAUUAUUGUGAAUUCAUCAGAGUUUAUUAUUUUAUUUGAACUGAUUCAUUUUGAGAUUGAUUUCAGUGAUCAUUAACAAAGACAGGAUUUUGUAUAAACUAUUGUGCUCUCUGUGGAACUGAAGUUUGAUUUAUUUUUGUACUACACAGCAUGGAUUUGUUGACAUUUUAAUUUUGCUAUAAAUGUGUGAGAUCACAAGUUGCUGUGAUAUUUCAUUUAUAAAUUGUGAACUUUGUACAAUUUUUGUCAUGCUGGAUGUUGACACAUCUUAAUCUGAAUAAAGAAAAAAAAUGUGUUGC